CAUCCACAUCACCACCGGAAGCAAAAAUCCAAAUCCAAAUUAUCUGCAAAAUUGUGGAUCCCAAACCCGUCAAUCCCCCGCCUCUAAUUCUCCGCAACCCACAAACCACAAAAACCUCCGCCUCUUCUUCUUGCCAAGAAUCCAUGGCAGCAGCACCACCACCACCACCGCCGGGUCAUUCCUCCAAUUCAAAUCACUGCCCACCACCACCACCGUAAACCAUGCCGCCGCCGUCGCGUCCCCCGACUCCUCUUCCUCCUGCACCGCCGCAUCCUCAAUCGACCCACCUUCUCUUGACCACUUCCCACCACAGACCCAACAUCAACAUCCCCGAUUUCUUCCUCACAGCUCUCUCCAUCCUCUUCCUCUUCUCUUCUUCUCCCCCUUCUUCUUCUUCUUCUUCGUCUGCCAGUCUCAAACCCCAGUUCCCGAAAAUCCCCUCAAGCCGCAGCCGUCGAUUCUUUCAACUCCCAUCCAUGUCGGUCUCCAAUUCCAGCAACCGGCGCCGAUUCGCCACCCCCAAUUGCCUCUCCGAUUGGCUCAAGCCCCGAUUGGCCUCCGAUUCGUUCGCCUCCUGGGGGGUCAAGCCGGGGACGAAAAACGUCCACAACCUCUGGCUCGAGAUCUCCCAGGGCGAGACCUCUUUAGCCGAUUCUACCCCUCCGAUUCGCACGGUCAACGUUGUUACAGUUCGGGUCAUCGGGAAGAACAGCCGGGUCCUCGUGGAGUCGCAUCAGGAGCUUUCCGACGGGACCGUGAGGAGCCGGCACCGGCCCUUGUCGGAGAAGAUGAAGCCCGACGAGAGCCCUGAGUCGGCCGUCCUGCGGGCGGUAAGGGAGGAGCUCGGAUCGGUUGCCGGUGGGGAGGUGAGGAUUGUGCCGGGUUCGUACAGGGAGAAGGUGGAGGAGAGGUAUUCGGCUUCCUACCCUGGUUUGCCGGCGAGGUAUGUGUUGUAUUCGGUGGACGCGAUCGUGGAUGGGUUGCCGGACGGAGAUUUUUGCACGGAGGAAGCGGAGGAGUAUGGGGAAUCGGAGGAGAAGAAGGUUGCCGAUCAAGCUGUGACGGUUAGAAAGCAUUUCUGGACACACUUGGAAAAAGGAGCAAUCAUGGAGCAAAAAGGGAAAUUGGAAAGCAAAACUUUAACUCAACCACUUGUGAAAGCAGCUGGGUCACUACUCUGGACAAUUUCCCUCGCAGUCUUAACGGUGUUGGUUACAGUUUGCAGUUGAUCAGAUGAAAUUUUAUAGGAUUUUUGAUCCAUUCAGUAAGAUUCUUGGAAAUGUAAGAUACUGCUCUUGGCUGGAUGCAUAAAGAAGUUAACUUUCAGAAGCAGAGUAAAAGGUUGAUGAAUCCCAGGAAUGGAAUAAUUCCCUUCUCUUUCUCUGUUUUGCAUAUUCAUCCCAAUAUCCUGAAGAUCCAAGGACACAGAAAUUUGCAGUCUUUCAUAUUACUAUAUAUCAGUACAAAGCAAAAGCAGAAGCAAUACAGAACAGCAAUCAUGCCCAUGAUCAACACAGGAAAACAGAGCUUGAAGCAGAGCAUAGGAGGAGGAGGAGGAGGAGUAGACUAAUCACACACUACUUCAACUGUCAAACACCUUUUUAACUGCUUUUUAACAUACAAGCACUCAACCACUUGAAUUGAAACUUCAAACAUCAGUAGAGCAACGAGUCCCCUGCGGCCUGGAGCUCAGAGGACCUGAAGACGCUGACGCCGACGGCGAAUUCGAAUCCCCAAACGGCAUCACCGCAACACAAUCCACAUUAAACCUAUACCCACCAGAAACCCAGCUCCCAACUUUCCACCUCAGCUUCCCCCUCCCCUUCAACCUCAAAACCAUCCUCCCAGCAACCUGAUCGCGCCCCACCUCGUACCGAAAGGACGGCGCCACAGGCAUCCCCGUCGCAACCAGCGAAGCAGUCAGCAAAUUAGUCUCCUGAUGUCCCUGGUAGAACCCGGGAAUCGGAGUAUCGGCUGUGAUCUGCUGACCCCUGUAGGCCGCAUAGACCUGGAACUCGUCGUAGUAGAUGCCGACCCUCUGGUUCGGGUUGGUGGAGAGGAAGGUGAGCUGGAUGGAGGAAUUGAGGAGGUUGGUCGGGGCGAGGAGGACGAGCUGGUAGACGUCGGCUUGCUGGAGGGCGAAUUGGGGCUUGGCAGGGCGGAGUGUGAAGUAGAGUAUAAAGAUGAAGCAGAGGAUGGAGGUGAAGAGCGAUGAGAUGAAGUAGAUGAGCUUCUUGUUGAAUGGUAAGUGUUUGGGGAGGUUUGCGAGGUACCGUUUGUUGUUUGCUAUGGCGCAGUGUUUGGGGGAUGGUGAGAAGAUUUGCGACAUUUGUGAGCGGAAGAGAGAAGGGAAGGGAAGUUUAGAUGGUUAAGGAAUGAGAAGUGAGGGUUUGGAGGGAAAGUGGGUUAAAAUAGAGGGGAGAUGGAGGAGUGUGGAAAACAGAGUAGGGCAGGGGAGGAAAAAGGCGAUGGGGGGAAAAAACAGAGUAAUCAUGCUCUGUUUUGCUGUUCCAUUCAUUUCAUGUAAUAAUGUGUUGUAUGGGUAUAUAUGUGGGUAAACCAUAGUUUGGUUACGAGUUUUCUUUUAAAGUGUGGUUACCUAUUCACAUUAGUUUUUGAGAAU